ACGCACGCGCCCCCGCCCCCUCCCGGACACACACACACACAGCGCAGGGCACGGGCAGAUCGAGGCAGGCACGGGCGCCGUAGCCGAGACGAGGAACCCCAACGGGCCAAGCACCACCGCCACCAACCCUAGCUAGCCUCCUCCACCGCCAGCCAGCCACCAUGCAGCAGCAGCAGUGUCCAGCCACCGCGCUCUGACGGCCGCCGUGGUGGUCUAACGAGCGAGUGAGGGAGCGUUUUGUUUCUUGGUUGUACAGGGUAGGGUGUGUAGAUAGAUAGAUAGAGGAGUGAUAUAUGGGCGUGAGCCUGCUCAGGAAGCAGCACUCGUCGGCGGCGGGGGGGUCGAGCGGCGGCCCGACGAUGCCGCCCAAGGGGUGCAUGGCGGUGCGGGUGGUGGGGCCGGGCGGGCGCGCGGAGGAGGAGGAGAGGUUCGUGGUGCCGGUGGGCUACCUCAAGCACCCGCUCUUCGUGGGCCUCCUCAAGGAGGCCGAGGAGGAGUACGGCUUCCAGCAGCAGGGCGCCAUCACCAUCCCCUGCGGCGUCGACAACUUCCGCCGCGUCCAGGCCGUCAUCGACAGCCACACCCACAGGCACGGCGGCUCCGCCGGCCUCCUCUCCGCCGGCCACCAGCACCACGGCUCCUCCUCGGGCCACCUCCACUUCCACCUCGCCGCCUGCUUCAGGGCGUGAGAUCCGUCUCACCCCACCCCCGCCGGAUGGACGCAAUCUCCGGCCCCGUGUUCGUCGCCUCAGGGAGGCUCCGUUGUUAAUUAGAGUUUAGACGGUCAGGUCAGGUAUGUGGUGAUCCAAGGAUCAUGCGUGGGUUGAGUACUCCUACUAGCUAGCUAGCCUUCGUUCGUUCGGGUCUGCAUGCGCGCGUGAUGGAUCAUCUCCGGAUUGGAUUUCCGUUCCAGCUUGUGGUGAUCGAUGAUCCAUCGAUGAUGAUGAAAAUCCAAGAUAUUUCAGUGCUUAUAAUUAAUAGAUUAACCAGAUGUUCUCUUGUCC